AUGAAGGUUGUGGUGGAAAGAGCUCUGGCUGACAAUUACAUGUAUUAUGUGAUCGAUGAUAGUACCAGAGACGGAUUUGUCGUGGAUUUAGGGGAUGUUACGAAUGUAAGAAUAUUGGUCUUUAAAUGUUUUUUUUAAGAGCGGAAAAUUGCUGACUUUUGUAAAUAAGAACUGUUCAGGUAGCAAAGGUUGAGCGUCGAGAGGAAUUCAAAUUGAAGGCCGCUCUAGUCACACACCAUCAUUGGGACCAUUCUCAAGGAGCGUCUGAGAUCCGAAAACAAUAUCCGAAUAUCAAGAUCUACGGUGGAGAUCAAGACCGAAUCCAACAGACUGAUAAUGUGACUGACGGGCAGGUCAUCAACUUUGGGAAUAUCGAAAUUGUCUGCAUUGGGACUCCUGGACACACAACAUCCCAUAUUUGCUACUACGCCAAGGACAAGAGGACUCAGAAGAAGGCGCUUUUCACUGGGGAUACUGUAUUCUUAGCUGGAUGUGGGAAGUUUUUCGAAUGUCCGGCAUCUGUUAUGUACGGAACAUUGAAUAAGCUACAAAAUACAGUCGAUGACGAUACGGUAAGUCCUGUUAUAUCGGUAAUACGGUCUCAAGGCAUACCUGAUAUAAAUUUAAUGGUUUAGGAAGUGUAUUGUGGCCACGAAUACAGCACAACCAACCUAAAAUUUGCCAAGGAAGUAGAGCCAGGAAAUGCCCGGAUCACCGAGAAAAUCGAGACAGUAAAGAGCAGUCUCAAUGCCGGGAAAUACUCUGUUCCCUCGUUGUGGGGAGAUGAGAAGUUGUACAACCCGUUCUUGAGAGUCGAGUAAGUCGUUUUGUAUAUUCAUGGCGUUACGGAAUUACGACACUCACUUGGAGUUUUUUUUAGCCAGCAGUCGGUAAAAGAAUAUUGUCAAGCAGAAGAUCCAAUUGAAGUCCUCGACAAGCUCCGAGCCAAGAAGAACAAUUUCCGUGGGUAG